CGGAAUUGCUUUCAGUCGUGCAGUAGUAUCAUAACUGUGCAGGUGCGUUCAUCCAGUACAGCAGCAGUUUUUGCUCUGAACAGGAUACACAUACAUAGAUAGAGAGUACAUACACACAUUCACGCGCGCGAAUACGUAUUACAUAGUGUUCGUUACACUUCAUACUUGGUGCCCCCGUCGUCGCUGCAGGACAGGACCGAUUUAGUGUAAAGAUUAACAGAAAACCCAAUAAAACAAUAAGCAAAAAUGGCAUCUGGAGUUACUGUGGCAGAUAUUUGCAAAACGACCUACGAGGAAAUUAAGAAGGACAAAAAACAUCGAUAUGUUAUCUUUUAUAUUAAGGACGAAAAGCAGAUCGACGUCGAGGUUAUCGGACCACGAGAUGCAAGCUACGAUGCUUUCCUCGAAGACUUGCAAAAGGGUGGCGAGGGCGAAUGCCGCUAUGGGCUUUUCGAUUUCGAGUACACUCAUCAAUGCCAAGGAACUUCCGAGGCUUCCAAGAAACAAAAGUUAUUCCUGAUGUCGUGGUGUCCCGAGACAGCCAAGGUUAAGAAGAAGAUGUUGUACUCCAGUUCAUUCGAUGCUCUCAAGAAGUCCUUGGUUGGUGUACAAAAGUACAUACAGGCGACGGAUCUUUCGGAGGCUUCCGAAGAAGCUGUCGAAGAAAAACUCCGAGCCACUGACAGAAACUAAGCGACGAUAACUAAUUAUACACACAUACCAAUUUGCUAAUUAUAAUCAUUAAACGAUUUUGAACUGAAAGGGGCUAAAAUGCACAAAACCCCCUUCCUCAUACAACAAAACAAAAAAAUGUUCUGUACUGUUUACAUGGGCGUUCGUGUUUUUACAUGUUUUUCACUUUGGAAAACGUUUAUUACAAUAAAUACAAAGGAAGGGAUGUCGUCGUACGUUAUGGACAAAAAAUAUAACGAAGUCACUAUUCGUUAAGCUGCCGCUACAUCGUGUGAAAACACUUUGUCUCAUCAAUAACGCUAAAAAAUAAUGUAACAAUAAGACUUGUGUAAGGAAAUAAGAUUAUAACAACUGCGUACAGAUAAAAUAUUUAUAUCGUGAUGUAGAAAAAGAGCGCUACCAUUGCAACUUUUGUCACAGGCUGUAUAAUUUUUAAAUUAAAAACCAUUUCAUAAUUAUGUACUGACGCAUUUGGGACCUAUCCGUCUCGUUGCGAUUUCCUGAUACCAUUAUUUUUAUUUUAAUUGCCCCAAAUUUAAUCGGACUCUUAAAAUGCUUGCGUGAUUGAACAUUAUCGAAUGUAGACAGCUGUUUGUUAUUUUACUAUCAAUAAUGAAAUUGUACCUUCCUGAUUUUGUAAAAUA